AUGUCCUCUUGCGGGUGUUGCUCCUCUGGAAAGACAGUGUGCUGCAGCCAGCCGUGCCAACAGUCCAGCUGCUGUGACCCAUGCCAGAAGGCCAGCUGCUGUGUGAAGAUGUGCCAGAAAUCCACAUGCUGUGACCCAUGCCAGAAGGCCAGCUGCUGUGUGAAGGUGUGCCAGAAGUCCACCUGCUGUGACCCGUGCCAGAAGACCAGCUGUUGUGAUCCAUGCCAGCAGUCCACUUGCUGUGACCCAUGCCAGCAGUCUAGCUGUUGUGACCCAUGCCAGCAGUCUACUUGCUGUGACCCAUGCCAGAAGCCCACUUGUUGUGACCCAUGCCAGAAGCCCACUUGCUGUGACCCAUGCCAGAAGCCCACUUGUUGUGACCCAUGUCAGAAGCCUACUUGUUGUGACCCAUGUCAGAAGCCUACUUGCUGUGACCCGUGCCAGCAAUCCACCUGCUGUGACCCAUGCCAGAAGCCCACUUGUUGUGAUCCAUGYCAGAAGCCCACUUGCUGUGACCCAUGCCAGCAAUCCACCUGCUGUGACCCAUGCCAGAAGCCCACUUGCUGUGACCCAUGCCAGCAGUCUACCUGCUGUGAUCCAUGCCAGAAGUCCACCUGCUGUGACCCAUGCCAGCAGUCUACCUGCUGUGAUCCAUGCCAGAAGUCCACCUGCUGUGACCCAUGCCAGCAGUCUAUCUGCUGUGACCCAUGCCAGAAGUCCACUUGUUCCGUCCCAUGCCAGCAAUCCACCUGCUGUGACCCAUGCCAGCAGUCCACUUGCUGCAUCCAGCCGUGCAAGAAGUCCACCUACUGCUGCACCCAGCGGUGCCUGCCCUGCAGCCGCUGCGGCUGCAGCCCCUGCUGCUGUGGAUCCCUGUCUUGCUGCUCAACCCUGGUGAAGAAGCCAGUCGUAAUGAGCUGCAGCCCAGUGUCUUAUUGCUCUCCCUUGAGGAAGUACUGCGUACCCCUGCAGCAGUGCUGCUACUCCAUCAGAAGGUGCUGA